AUGGAUUUUUCUAAUAAAGAACUUGCAAUGAUGGCAUUACUGCUUGACGAGGAUGAACAAAAAUUCCAAGGGCCUCAAGUUGAUGAUAGCAUUAUUACAUUUAUUUCUGAUCAUUUACAAACACUAAAAAAUAAUUUCGAUUCAUAUUUUCUGAGUGAAAUGGAGAACUAUCAACAAAUGAAAUGGGUUUCAAAUCCUUUUCAAGAACAUGACAUGACAAGUGGGUUAUCAAUAAGAGCUAAAGAAGAAUCAAUCGAACUAUUUGAAGAUAGUGUGUUUAAAAUGAAUUUCAAUCGAAAAAAAUUAAUAAGUUUCUGGUUAUCAGUUCAAGAAAAUUAUCCAACUGUUUCCAAUGAAGCUGUAAAGAUGCUACUCCCAUUCAUUUCAUCAUAUAAUUGUGAGGUUGGUUUUUCGGCAAUGGUUGCUAUUAAAACCAAAUUACGGAGCAAAUUGAAACUUUCAAACUCACUGCGUCUCAAGCUUACCAAUGUUGAAGUGGAUAUCGAUAAUCAGGGUGUCGAGUACCAAAUAAAGAUUACAUUUAUGGGUCACCAUUACAAAAAGUUUGGGAAACACUGGACUAGACAACAAUAA